AUGGUUACCCUAUUAUCCAGGGUUUUAGAGCGGCCGGUCAUGGCGGCGUAUCCGGCGGUCGCCAUGGUUACCGCCCGCGCCCUCCUACACACCCAUACUUACCUGUGUGCAUGCAGACAGGGCAACGCGCUCUGGCUUGGGGUAGGUUCCACUGCGGGCGAGACAGGCCCCGCGACGCGUGACUACGGGCUGUGUGAUGUCCGCAGUGAUCGGUGUGCAUUGCUGUUCGAAAGCGAGGCGCUAAAUGACUCUCUGAAG